UGUCGAUCGUGUCGCGCGCUGGUUCGGUUCAGCGUUCGCUCCAAUUGUUCGUAUGACCCAAGUAAUUGUUCACCAUGUCUAAAGUCAAGACAAUGCUGAAAAUUGGUGGCGGCGCGUUGCUGGUAGCAGCUAUUGUCGCCGUCUUCAUUGUCGCCACACAGGGUCGUGAUCCAGAAUUAGAAGCCUUAGAGCAUGAAGGCAGUGACUAUAUAUUACAAUUAGACAAAGCUUCCGGUUUAAGGAAGAAUCUAGCAAGUAAAGCCGAGUGGGAUUACACUGCUAAUAUAACGAAGGAGAAUGAGGAGAAAUGGAUACAACUCCGAUUAGAAUUAUCAAAACUCGAGAAACAAGCGUGGGAGGAGACGAAGAUGUACAAAUGGCAGAUAUUCCAGGACAACUCGCUGAAGAGAAUGUUCAAGAAGUACUGCGAGUUGGGCGUAUCAGCACUACCAGAUGACAAGUACAAACAACUCAUGAAAUCUGUGUCGGGAAUGGAAUCCAACUAUGCCACAUCCAAAAUAUGCUCGUUCAAAAACGAAACGAAAUGUGAUCUGUCUUUAGAACCAGAAAUUACGGAGAUCUUUGCAAAAAGUCAAGACCCUGAAGAACUCAAGCACACGUGGAUAGAGUGGCACAAAGUAGCCGGGGCUAAGGCACGCGAUAAUUUUACACAGUAUGUGCAACUGUACAAUGAGGCCGCCAAACUCAAUGAUUACAAAGAUGUGGCUGAUUGGUGGCAGGCUGAUUAUGAAGUACCUGACUUUGAGGAUCAGCUCGCAAAACUGUGGGAGGAUGUGAAACCUUUGUAUCAACAGAUGCAUGCGUAUGUAAGAAAGAAGUUAAGAGACAAAUACGGUGAACAUAUUGUAUCAAUGAAAGGACCAAUACCAGCGCAUUUAUUAGGUAACAUGUGGGCGCAGACAUGGAACAAUAUAGAAUCAUUCACACGUCCAUACCCAGAUAAAAAGGAAAGUGAUAUCACUCAAGCGAUGAGAGAUCAGAAUUACACACCAUUAAAAAUGUUCCAAAUGUCCGAUGAAUUCUUCAAGUCGUUGAAUUUGACGGCGAUGCCACCGAAAUUUUGGGAGAACUCCAUCAUUGAGAAGCCGACGGAUAGAGAGAUAGUUUGUCACGCGUCGGCUUGGGACUUCUAUGAUGGACAAGAUUUUAGGAUCAAAAUGUGUACAGUGGUGAACAGAGAGCAUUUAAGAAUAGUACAUCAUGAAAUGGGACAUGUGCAGUAUUACUUGCAAUAUAAAGAUUUGCCGUCCGUAUUUCGAGGGGGCGCGAAUCCAGGUUUCCAUGAAGCAGUCGGUGAUACAAUCGCGCUAUCAGUGUCAUCACCGAAGCACUUGCGCCGAGUGGGCCUUAUAAAUGGAGACGCUGAAGAUGAGCAGACUGAAAUAAAUCAGCUUUAUAAAAUGGGUAUGGACAAGAUCGUGUUCCUACCGUUCGCCUAUACAUUGGACCUGUUCAGAUACGGUGUCUUCCGAGGUACCACUCAGCCAGAAGAUUACAACUGCCACUACUGGCGGCUGAGAGAAACGCUACAAGGAGUUGAACCUCCUGUAAAUAGGACUGAGGAAGACUUUGAUGCCGCUGCAAAAUACCACGUAUCUGCUAAUGUGGAGUAUGCUAGGUAUUACGUCUCCUUCAUUAUCCAGUUCCAAUUCCACCGCGCCCUCUGCAGUCUGGCCGGGGAGUACGCUCCAGCGGACGUGAACAAGAAAUUGGUUGACUGUGAUAUUUAUCAGAGUGUAACUGCGGGCAAUGCAUUAGCUAAUAUGCUCAAAAUGGGUUCCUCGAAGCCGUGGCCCGAGGCGAUGGAGGCGCUCACCGGCCAGCGGUCCAUGAAGGCUGAUGGCCUCUUAGAAUACUUUAAACCACUGUAUGAAUGGUUGGAGGUAGAAAAUCAACGAACUGGAGAAUAUAUCGGAUGGGAAACUAGUAAAAUACAAUAUUGUACAGUGGAGCAGUUAGCAGCCCUUAAUGCCAAACUAGUGAGCUCCGAGCCCCAAAAGGCGGACACGUGACGAGCAAGCGUACUUACAACCUUCACUUAGUCUAAUUUAUAGUAUGCAAGCGUCAGUAUUCGGAAUAAAUGUUUUUAAGAUA